AUGAAGUCGUUCACUCUUAUUGCUAUUGCAUUGGCCUCCCAAGCCCUUGCUGCUCCCACUCUCAUUCCACUUACCAAACUUGCUGGCCCUGCCAAGGGCGACUCUUACGUCAUCAAACUGAAGGAUGGAGUAUCUAAAGACUCCCAUAUUGCUCAGCUGUUGGAGUUCAUCGGAAACCAGGACUCCGAAUCGUCUAUAAGUACGAGAACGUAUUCAACGGAUAUGCUGGUGUGCUCAAGGGCCCUAUUCUCGACUACAUUCGAAGCUCCUCCGAGGUGGAGUACAUCCAGACUGAUACGAUCUAUAAAAUCGACUGGGAGCAAGGUGAUGAGAAUUCGCCUCGAGGGUCACGUCGAAGAUCAAACAUCCGAACUUGCUAAGCGUGCGGCCAAUGGGGAAGGUGUUGAUAUCUAUGGGUUGGAUACUGGUAUCCUGACCUCACAUGAAUCUUUCGGUGGGCGUGCAUCCUGGGGAGCCACUUUUGGUGGAUUUGAAGACAAGGAUGGCAAUGGCCAUGGUACUCAUACUGCGGGCACUGCUGCUGGAUCUGGAUUUGGCCUUGCUACAGCUGCAAAGUUAUUGCCGUCAAGUCGCCACUGUCCUAGGUGGACCAGUGACCCUGCGAUCGAUAGCGCAGUAAAGGCCGCAUCUCUCGUGGAAUCACUUUACAGUUGCCGCCGGAACGAGAAUCAGAACGCCGGAAACUCCUCUCCUGCCCACGUCCCGAAGCCAAUACCAUUGCCGCCGUCGAUAGCUCCAACCGCAAAGCUUCCUUCUCCAACUUUGGCUGUGACUGUCGUUGAGUCUGGGCUCUCGGUGUCAACGUCCGCAGCGCCUGGAUCGGAAUAUACGGCUGUUAACACUAUCUCUGGAACUUUAGCGUCCGCGGUGGUGAUUGAUGUUACUAUGUUUCGCGUGCUCGGUCUUCAGGAAGCAACGUGCCGAGUUCGCCUCAACGGAAACUCAGCGAAUUUCCAUACCGGAUGUCCCGUGUAUCUAUCAUUCGGCACCCUUCGGCCCGUAUCGCUCUCAGAAGCCUCAGCUACCAUGUCUUUUGCUAUUCUUGCUGCUGCCUUGGUCGCGCCAGCUCUCGCCGCUCCUGUGCCAUCCCCAUCACCAAGCUUGCAGGGCCUGACUCCCAUGUUGCUCGUCUUAGAUUUCAUCGGCAGCCGUGACUCCAAGGUCGUUUACAAGUACGAGAACAUCUUUAACGGAUACGCGGGAACCCUUAAGGGUCCUAUUCUGGACUACAUUCGUCACUCUCCAGACGUUGAAUACAUCGAAGCUGAUACUUUUUCCCAAAUUGAUUUUGAACAGGGCGAUGAGUCCCUCGCCGCCGUGAGGUUCACACUCAGGAGGAAACCUCUCACCUCGCUGGACGUGCUGCCAACGGCGGAGGUGUCGAUAUCUACGGUCUUGAUACCGACACCGCUGGUACCGCGGUGGGAUCCGGAUUCGGCCUCGCCACAGCUGCAAACAUCAUUGCUGUCAAGGUCUGUUCUGACACUGGCAGUUGCGCUGUUUCCGACGUUGUGGCUGGUAUUAACUACGCUGUUUCGAGAGCCGCUUCUACUGGUCGUCCAUCGAUGUUACCAUGUCUUGGGCUUCUCACCCACCACCAGUCUUGACAAUGCCGUUACCAGCGCCAUAGGCCGCGGUAUUCAUUUUACCGUAGCCGCUGGAAACGAGAACCAGAACGCAGCCAACGUCUCUCCUGCUCGUGUCGCUGCUGCCAACACUAUCGGUGCCAUCGACAGCUCUAACCGCAAGGCCUCCUUCUCUAACUACGGAUCUGCACUUGAUGUCUGGGCUCUCGGUGUCAACGUCCGCAGCGCAUGGAUCGGUAGCAACUCGGCCGUCAACACCAUCUCUGGCACCUCCAUGGCUACCCCUCAAGUUGCUGGCAUCCUUGCUGUUGUCAUCGGCAACAAAGGCAACUCUAGCCCUGCCGCCCUUGCCUCUGCUCUCAGAUCGAAAGCACAGGCCGUCGUCACAGGAGCUCCUUCUGGUACUACCAACCUGAAAGCGCGAGUCUGGUAA